GGAGUCGGUGGUUCUGAACCAGGACUGACUAUUUGUUUCUCUCGGGUUAGAACUGCAAGGUAUGCGGCGGGUUAAGGAAGUGCUGGAAACGCAUGAUUGGAGUGCAGCGGAGGAGACCGCGGGUGUGGAGAUGGGAUUCGGCAAUGAUGACGACGACGACCUAGAAAGACGGCUCUUGGGGCUCGACGACGAGGAUGCUGACGGGACGGAGGCUGGGUUCAAUUUCGAAGUGAAUGAGUUGGAGCGCGAGAUGGUCGGUCUGCGCAUGGCGAUCGAGCGCGGAAGCGACGAUUACUUUGUCGAGGAGGAUGAGGCGGACGAGGAGCUGCGGGUGGAUGCGGUGGAGGCGCUGCUGCUGCGGAUGCGAGCUAUCAAAGAUAUGAGCGACGGGUUACCCAAAACGGAACGGAAGCGAUUCGCUGCAAAAGCGGUCCGCGAUAUCAUGAAGGAGUUAUAGCAUAGCACAUAUACCAUACUCCGAAUAUAUGAUAUGAUAUGAGAUGAGAUGAG